GGGUACUUGGGUGCGGUCUGGCAUUCCUUCCGUAUUCCACAGCCUGGGACUCGCAAUUGGAACUGGGUCAGCAGCAAUCCUCAUCAUAAAUUCAUCAUCUACCAUAAAUAAAUCCAUCAUCAUCCUUUAAUAAGUCCUCCAGUUGACCUGAUCACUUGCUCUCCUUUCGCAUUUUCCUCUCUCUCUCUCUCUCUCUCUCUGCUCUCUGGACUCUGGGUGUGCUUCAAACCGUUUGAGAACUGAACAGGGCAUUCUGAUCUUGUGCAGAUGGGUUUGUUGGUUCUCGAAGAUUAGGGAAGAGCAGGCUUGAUAGAGUUAUGAAAGACUUUAUUCUUGAUUUUGAGUACUUGGCAGAGGAAUUGGUUUGGUAUUUUGGGGAUUUUUUCCAGCUUGUUUCUGAUGAAUUGCUAGCUUUCUGUAUGGUCUUUGCCUCUUUAUCUGAAGAUCUUCUUGUCCAUUUUUAUUCCCAAAUCUUGAUUGCUUGAAGAAAUUUCCUCCAAAAAUGGGAACUUUAUUGCUGUGGUAGUGUGAUUCUGAAAGUACUGUACUUGUUGGUGAAGAAAUUUCUUCAAAAAAUGAGGAUUCUGAACGUACUUAACUUGUUGGUGAAGAAAUUUCCUCAAAAAAUUGAAACUUUAUUGUUGUGAAAUUGUGAUGCUGAAGGUACUUGUUGGUGAAGAAAUUUCCUCCAAAAAUCGAAACUUUAUUGUUGUGAAAUUGUGAUUCUGAAGGUAUAUGGUUUUGGUGGCUUGGUGCUAGGGAGAUUGAGGUGUAUUGGUGGUUUGAGAGAUUUGAUUUGGUUGUAGAUUGAAGAUUGAAAUCCAUCUUUUUCAUAGAUGGAUUCAUCGAAAAAAGGCGUUAGUUAUUGCUCUGUAUCGAAGGGGGGUCGAGUUUUAUACACGUACAACGAUGGAGGGCUCGAGAUUGAGAACUUGGCUGCGUUAUGCUUAGAGAAGGCGCCUCCCCACCACAGAUGGUAUUUCCAGACGAUGGGUAAAAGGACGUUUUGUUUUCUAAUGGAAGAUGGCUAUGUCUAUUUCGCGAUUGCGGAGGAGGCUCUUGGCAAUGCGGGAGUUCUUCAGUUUCUUCAGAACCUGAGACACGAAUUCAAGAAGUUUUCGAGGAGGGGUUCGAGCAGGAGCAUGUCGAGUCUGAGCUCGCUAAGCUCUGUCCAGGAACAGCUAGUUCCCGUCAUCCGGAAUUUAAUUACCUCGCUCGAGCAUGUCUCGGGCGGCGACACCGACUGGCCCGCCGGCGUCUCCGCCUCGUCCUUCACCGACGCAAACGGGCAAAUAGAAGGCGGUUCCUCGACGAGAGCGCCUCUAUUGAGCAAGUCGGGCAAGUACUACGACAAGAAGAAAAAGAAGGAGCAUGCUAUUGCUAUGAGGGAUAUCGAGAUGGAGGAGCACAGGAAGUCGACGGAGAAGGUUAGGGGAGUCGAUUCGGGAGCUCGGGAUUGUAACAGCUAUGGUGCAUCGGGCUCUCCAGCGUCCCUAACGAAGGAAUUUGGGUCGGGAAGGACGAGGGCAAGUAACCCGAACUUCCAAAAGAAAUGGUGUUGCCUAGUUAGGAUUGUUCUCGCUGUUGAUGCUGCGGUUUGUCUCCUCCUCCUCGUGAUAUGGCUCGUGGUAUGCGAUGGAACAAAAUGCCUCGGUUGAAACCCGAACUCUUCCUAUCAUCGAAAUUUUCUUGUGAUGAAAGACCGAAUGGAAAGGAGGCAUUGGCAUCUACAUCAAGCACAAUAUACACCCCGCCCGGCAUAUAUUAACCAUAAACCUCGUUUGUACAGAAACCGUGAGCUUGUAUACAACAUGAACCCGGUAGAACUCAAAGCAAUCGGAUCAUCGCAGCUCAAGUUUGAAUGCUUCCUUUACAAUAAUUUGGUUUGUUUUGCCUUGCACCUUUUCAUGUUGCAUUAGAAGUGUGCAAAAAUCUCAGCUUGCAAUAAUGAGAAUGAUGUGAUGCUGCACUUCUUGCA